GAGGGAGGAGCACAGGAGGGGCUCCGUGGUGCCCUGCCAAGCAGCAACCCACAGCCGCAGGGCUGUGGCUGAUCAACUCCUGCUAGUGUGGAGAGAGGAUCAGCUGGAGGACCCUUCUUCCCUUCUUCCUUGUGACAGUCACUGAGAGUUCUCACCAAUUUGGCAAGCAGUGGGGUCUGAGAGAAAAAAACAAGGGUAAGUAAGACACCAGCUGUCCUGGACAAGAGCCCUGCCUUUGCCAUUUGUCAAGCUCCAGGCCCCUCUACUAGGCUGCAGAAAUGGAAAUACUGUAGAACAGAAAGUUCAGUUUCCUCUCUCUCUCCCCUUUGCAGACUUCAGCAGGGCAGAUUCAGAUGGGCCCUGGUGUGGUGGUUGCUUCCUUAGCUAGGAGCUGAUGCCCCAGAACCUUCAGGAGAAGAGCCAGGCCUACCUCCGACAUCGACCUGGUAGCCACGCAGGCCCUAAAAAUCUCAAAGUUAUCCCAGGAGCAACCAUGUACACUUUCCUGCCAGACAAUUUUUCACCUGCCAAACCCAAGCCCACUAAAGAGCUGCGACCUCUGCUGUGCUCCGCGGUACUGGGACUGCUGCUGGUGCUAGCCGCCGUCGUGGCCUGGUGCUACUACAGCGCCUCGCUGCGCAAAGCUGAACGCCUGCGCGCAGAGCUGCUGGACCUGAACCGUGGCGGCUUCUCCAUCCGUAACCAGAAGGGUGAGCAAGUCUUCCGCUUGGCCUUCCGUUCGGGUGCUCUGGACCUUGACUCCUGCAGCCGGGAUGGUGCUCUGCUUGGCUGCUCCCGAGCGGCUGAUGGGCGCCCACUGCACUUCUUUAUCCAGACCGUACGACCCAAGGACACGGUCAUGUGCUACCGCGUGCGCUGGGAGGAAACUGCGCCAGGGCGUGCUGUGGAGCACGCGAUGUUUCUGGGAGAUGCUUCGGCGCACUGGUACGGCGGCGCAGAGAUGAGGACGCAACACUGGCCCAUCCGCCUCGAUGGCCAGCAAGAGCCUCAGCCUUUUGUCACGAGCGACGUCUACUCUUCCGACGCCGCAUUCGGGGGCAUCCUUGAGCGCUACUGGCUAUCUUCACGCGCGGCUGCCAUCAAAGUCAACGGUUCGGUGCCCUUCCACCUGGGCUGGAACAGCACGGAGCGUUCGAUGAGAUUGCAGGCACGCUACCACGACACAUCUUACAAGCCACCAGCCGGCCGCACUGCCGCGCCCGAGCUCAGCUACCGCGUGUGCGUGGGCUCAGAUGUCACCUCCAUCCACAAGUACAUGGUUCGACGUUACUUUAACAAGCCAUCUAGGGUACCGGCGUCAGAGGCUUUCCGAGACCCCAUUUGGUCCACGUGGGCACUGUAUGGGCGCGCUGUGGACCAGGACAAGGUGCUGCAAUUCGCCCAGCAGAUCCGCCAGCACCGCUUCAACAGCAGCCACCUGGAAAUCGAUGACAUGUACACGCCCGCCUAUGGCGACUUUAAUUUCGACGAGGGCAAGUUCCCCAACGCCAGUGACAUGUUCCGCCGCCUGCGAGACGCUGGCUUCCGCGUCACGCUUUGGGUGCAUCCGUUUGUCAACUAUAACUCGUCGAGCUUCGGCGAAGGUGUGGAGCGCGAGUUGUUCGUACGCGAGCCCACGGGCCGGCUGCCCGCGCUGGUGCGCUGGUGGAACGGCAUUGGCGCGGUGCUGGACUUCACGCACCCAGAGGCCCGAGAGUGGUUCCAGGGACACCUACGGCGCCUGCGCUCGCGCUACAACGUGACCUCCUUUAAGUUCGACGCGGGUGAGGUCAGCUACCUGCCCCGGGACUUCAGCACCUACAGGCCUCUGUCUGACCCCAGUGUGUGGAGCAGGCGGUACACGGAGAUGGCGGAGCCCUUCUUCUCGCUAGCCGAGGUCCGCGUCGGGUACCAGUCACAGAACAUCUCCUGCUUCUUCCGUCUAGUGGACCGCGACUCGGUAUGGGGCUACGACCUGGGACUGCGCUCUCUUAUCCCAGCGGUGCUCACCGUCAGUAUGCUGGGCUAUCCGUUCAUCUUGCCAGAUAUGAUUGGUGGCAACGCGGUGCCGGAGCGCACAACGGGUCGCCAAGAUGGGCCAGGGCCAGAGCGCGAGCUCUACGUGCGCUGGCUGGAGGUGGCCGCCUUCAUGCCUGCCAUGCAGUUUUCAAUCCCUCCUUGGCAGUACGACGCAGAAGUGGUAGCCAUCGCACACAAAUUCGCUGCUCUGCGCGCCUCCCUCGUGGCGCCACUGCUGCUGGAGCUUGCUGGUGAGAUCACCGACACCGGCGACCCCAUCGUGCGCCCCCUUUGGUGGAUCGCACCCGGGGAUGAAACGGCUCACCGCAUUGACUCACAGUUCCUCAUCGGGGACACGCUGUUAGUGGCGCCAGUGCUAGAGCCUGGUAAGCAAGAGCGUGAUGUCUACCUGCCUGCCGGCAAAUGGCGGAGCUACAAGGGUGAGCUUUUUGACAAGACGCCGGUGCUGCUCACGGAUUACCCUGUCGACCUGGAUGAGGUCGCCUAUUUCACCUGGGCUUCCUGACCCAUCACAGAACCCAGGAAUCCCACAGCCCUAAGCCCAGCCUUCAUACAGACUUUUAAUCCUCCACCACACGCGAAUGGUGAACCCUCAGGAAGACCCCACCUCUAUACCAUCUAGGAAGUGGGCACUGACUUUAAAGUGUUCCAGCCAACAGUUGUAGGUGAGACCUGAGAGGGGAGGAAGUGCACCAGCGCACAAUCCUCAGAGCCCGGUUCCUUGCUCAUUCACUUCAGUCUGCAGAAAGCCUCUUCCCAGGGUUGGCAGCCAAAGAACUGAGAAGUCAAAGGUCUGUUCUUGCUGAUGAUACACAGGGUCUGGUUUUAAAAGCAGAGGGAAACCUCUCCUCCCCCUGGUCUUUGUAGCCAUCUUUGUCCUCUGAAAUGAGGAACCGAUCCUCUUUAAAGUUCCCAAAUAGUUUUCUACCAUAUUUAGAAAGUGUACCUUUAACCUUUAAUCCCAGCACUCAGGAAGCAGAGGCAGGCGGAUUUCUGAGUUCGAAGCCAAACUGGUCUACAGAGUGAGUUCCAGGACACCCAGGGCUAUACAGAGAAACCCUCUCACAAACGAAGGAAGGAAGGGAGAGAAGGAAGGAAGGAAGAAGAGAAAGUGUACUUCCUUGAUGGUAGCAGCUAGGCUGUGAGUUCCCAGCACACACCUGAACAGCGGUUGACCUGGUCCCACUCCAUCUGGGGAAGAAAAGAUACAGAUGUUUGGUUUGGCUAGCUGACAGGGAACCAAAAGGUCUCUUCCCAGUCCAUAGGAGAGCUGGGCUCAGCCCGAACUUAUUGUCUCUGACUGUGAAAAGACUCCUAACAUUGCAUUAACACAUUUGUAUAUAUACUGGUCUCGACUUCAGACCCAGACCUGGGCCAGAUGUGCCUAGUGGAUAGACUUGCAGUGGACUCGUUGCCUUAAUUCAAGAACCUCUGUCUAUGUGUAUAUAUAUAUACUUCUGUCAGAUAUAUAUAUAU